AUGCUCAGUCCCAGUUCUGGCUGGGGGCUCGGCUGCCUUUGGCUCCGUCAGCUCCGAGUGUGGGCCGGCGCUGGGCGCUGGGCUUGUGGGACUUGCCAGGCCAGGCCUUACAGCUCAAGUCGGGGCGAGCGCUGGCCCGAAUCGGAGGCCGAGGUCCCUCCGCCUGGUCCGGCGCGCAGGACUCUGAAGGAGUGGACUCUCCUGGUGAGCCCGUUCGGUCGGCUCUGGUCGCGGCUCCCGUGCCAUCUGGCGGUGAGACCACUGGACCCCCUCACCUACCCGGAUGGCGACCGGGUGCUGGUCGCCUUGUGCAGCGUGGAGGGCGGGGCACUGGGCCUGGACAGUCUGCAGGUGGAGUACGAUGAGACUCUGCAGGAGAUGGCUAUUGUGUCUGACACCAUCGAUCCCAGGGCGUCCGUGGAAGUGAACGCGCCCCUGAAGUUUGAUUUAAAUAUCAAGUCUUCAGGCUCUGGCUAUGUAAAAGUUGAAAAUAUUGAGUGUGAUAAUUGCAAAAUUGAAACUGAGCAGGGGACCUGCGUCUUGCAAUCUGUUAAGAGUCAAAACUUACAUGUUCAAACAAAAGGAGGCAAAGUGAUCUGUCUGGGAACAGUUUAUGGAAAUACAGAUAUUCAUGCAUCAGAUAAAAGUAUUGUGAUGGUAGAUAAACUGCAGGGAAGUUCUGUUAAUAUAUCCACUGAAGAUGGUUUGCUGAGAGCCAAGUAUCUUUAUACAGAAUCGUCACUUCUAUCUUCUGCUGCUGGGGAUAUUACGUUAGGAAGUGUUCAUGGUAAUAUAACAUUACAAAGCAAGAUGGGUAACAUCACAGUAGAUUCAUCCUCUGGAUGUCUAAAAGCCUCAACUCAUCAGGGUGCCAUAGAUGUUUAUGUCAGCCAACUGGGGAAAGUGGAAUUGGGAUCCCACAAAGGCUCUGUUAUUAUCAAGGUUCCAUCUUCUCUUCAAGCUCAUUUACAGUUAUCAGGGAAAGAGGUUGAUGUGAACUCUGAAGUCCAUGUCCAGGAAAUGGCUGAAGCUCGUAAAGAUGAUGGUGUAACAAUUACUGGACUCAUGAAUCAAGCAAGCAAAAAUGAAAAAUGGAUUAAGGCUGAUGCCCCAAAAGGCACUGUAAGUUUUAGAAGGCAAAGCUGGUUUCAGUCCCUGAAACUACAGAACUAAACCUGGCUUGAAUUGUACUUAGGAUUUUUACCGAUGAUUGGCAGAUCUACUACUAUACAAAUGGAAAGACUGCUCAUAUGAAUGGGAAAACAACAAAUUGAGAAUGAAUAUUGGUGAAUAAUUUUGGGGGGGCUUUUUCAGAAUUUAUACUUAGCCAUUCAUUUUCUAUUGUUCUGUAAUAAAUUGCCACACAUUUACCAGCAUAAAAUAAUACCUACUUGUGAGCCCACGAUUCUGUAGGUGAAGAGUCCAGCAUAGCUAGGUUCUCUGUUCAGGGUAUAGCAAGGCUGGAGCCAAGGCUUCGGCUAGGCUGAGUUCUCAUCUGGAGGAUCUGGGAAGAAAUCUGCUUCUAAAUUCAUUUAGAUUAUUGACAAAAUCCAGUUCCUUGUGACUGGGUGUGACUGAGGUCUCCAUUUUUUUGCUGACUGUCAGCAAUCACUCUUAAGCUUCUGGAUGCUACCCCACAUGCCUUCUCAUGUGGCUCCCUGCAUCUUCCAGUCAGCUGUGAUGCAUUGAGUCCUCAUGUUUGACUAUCUGACUGCUUCUGCAAGCAGCUGGAGAAAUCUCUGCUUCUUAAGGGCUUACUUGAUUGGGUCAGGCCCACCAUUAUCUUUGUUUCACCAUAUAAUGUAACAUAAUUAUGGGAAUGUUAUCUCAUCCUAUUCAUGGUUUCCCCCUCCACUCAAAGGGAGGAGAUUAUACAAAAGCAUCAGCCAUGGCAGGCACUUAUCUUAGACUUCUCUAUGUUAUAGCUCUCAUGUGACAGGUUUUCUGCUUAGUACCCUUAUGGCAUCAAUGUAAAUUUAAGCUGUGAAUAAAACACGUAUAUGUGAAGCAGUU